UCAAUCUGAAUUAAUGAAAGAUGUCCAGAGAUUAAUAUGUAAGCUUAAUUGUUGAUAAUCAAGUUGUUAAUGUUUUUGAAGUAAUUUUGACUCUUUGGUUGAUAGUUUUGAUUUUAAUUAACUAAUUGAUUUGUUCAUCUGUUCAAUUGAUUACAUCUAGUAAAUCAAACAAUUGAUGAAUCAUCAGUACCUGUGAUAUCACUGGAAAAUUGUCCUUCACCUUUGUACACAAUUGAUUAAACAAAGUUUGAUUGUCUUGUGGGUUGAUUAUCACUCCAAAUGAUUACGAAUCUGAUUUACAUGAUCAACUAAAUUGUUCAUGUUGGAAUAAUGAACAAAAUUUAAAUUUCUAUCAUCAAAUUGAAGGUCAAAGUGUCUUUUUACAUUGUUCAAUUCAACAGAUUUCGAAUUCUGAUCACAGGAUAAAGAAAGAAUCAGGUGAGAAGAGGAAAAGGAAAUCGGUCACCAUGAGAUCCAAAAAUUGGUCUUCAAUUACUUUGAUUACAAUUUGUGCUGUUAUUUCAUCGGUAAAUUGUUCCCAUCUCCAUGAUCGUCUUAGUUCACGAGGCAAGUCAACAAUCAAACAGGACGAUGAUCAGUUUGACACUGAUUUGAUGCCGGCCAAUUUUGUCCCAGAGCCAUUGUUACCCAUAGAUGAAGAGGACAAUUUUGAAGAUAUCGGUCAAUUCAAUAAGGAAAAACUCAGUAAAAUCAAUGGUCAAGAUAAGAAUGACCCUUUUAACAUUUACAUUGGAAAUGUUUACGAUUCCAUUCCAGAAGCGACAAAUAUUUUUGAUGUUUUACGAUUGAAUUCUGAAUUGCCAUCCGAGGAUUCCGACGAUAACACAUCAUCCGAACUAUUGAUUCCAGUAUUGAUGGAUAAUGAUGAUGAAGAAGAUGCUGAUGAUGCUGCUUCCUCAGAGACGAAAUUAAAACUGACUAAGAUUUCAUUGGAUAACAAACAUUCAAAUAAAAGUAAGCCAGGUAAAGAUCAUGAUAGAAAACAUUUAAUCGGGAAAUUGAGCUCAGUUAACGUUACAACAUCGACAACAUCGACUACUUCGGGUUCUAAAGAUAAAACAACCGUAAGUCCAGUUGAGUCUAAAGAGGAAAUUGAUGAGGAUGAAAUCGAUGAUGAUGAUGAAGCUGAAACGCCGAAAUCUACAACUAGAUCAAGUAAAUCGAAACACUUUACUAAUCCGUUAUCUAAGUGGUGGUCCAAAAUCAAGCCAACGACACCAAGUCCCAAGCACAAGAGCAAAGAUAAAACGACAGUAAGUGACUCUGACAAAGAUAAAACUAGUACCAAAGUUCACGAGGAAGAUGAUGAUGAAGACGAAGAUGAUUCUAAUUCAGAUUCCUCAUCCCAUUCGACAACUUCGUCUCCAGCCACAUCUACAUCACAUUCAAGUACACACUCUUCUCAUAAAGAUAAAUCGACAUCUACGAUAACCAAAGGCUCUAAAUCACACAAAUCUUCAACAACCGCACCAACAACCGACCACUCAACUAAAUCUCAUUCGAAAUCACAAGAAUCAACAACAACAGACAAGUCUUCUUCUUUAACAACUACACCGAAACACUCAAAGUCCACGACCACACUAGCAUCAAACGAUAAAACAACCGAUAAACCCAAAGAAGAUAUUAAGGAAGAUGAUGAGAAAAACGAUGAACCAGCAAUCGGAUCUUUCUUAGGUCCCUUGGAUCUAGAAAAUGACCUAGAGAAAGAUGAACACGACGAGCACCCAAAACACAAACACCAUAAACACCACAAACACGACGAAAAGGCCACAACCCCAAUGUCGACAACAUCAUCAACUUCAUCGAAACUCGAGGAAAAACAUUCCCAUAGACAUCACACAACAGCCACGACCUCAGAUGAAACCGAUAAAUCAACAAUCAAAGAAUCAGAAAUCGACAGCAAAACCAAAUCAACCACAGAAUCAAAGAGUGGCCAUAGUUUUCCAUUGAUUUCUGUCACUCGAUCAAAGACUAAAUCAACAGAAUCGACAACACCAAUACCCUCAUCAACAAAGUUCACCAAAGGUCAUAAAACCACCAAGCAUUCAGCAACUACACCAGAAUCUGAACCAUCAACAACUCCGAUUCCGACUCCUCGUCCUUACGAUUGGAAUCCUGAUAUUUUCCCAUAAUUAAUCAAUCGAUGAGACAAAUUUUUAUUUCAAUUCUAUGCUGAUUUUUUAGUCUAAUUAGGACAAUCAACUUAUACGAAAUAAACUGGAUAAUCAUUAAUCUCUCAACAAUUAACCAUAAAAAAUCAAUUGCUCGCAAGAAUCAAAGAUUUUCAUGUUAAUAUUUUGUACCUCUCCAAUUGAGAUUACAAUUUAGAGCUAAUUGUUACAAUUUAAAAUCCAAAAACAUGAACAAUUUAUAUUUUUAGUGUCAAGGCUACACUUUUUGUCUCAAGCCAAACCAAUUAACUAAUUGUAAUACUGUAUAUAUAAAUUACGUGUAUGAUUACAAUCAAUGUAACUGUAAUCAAAGACUUUGGAAGUCAAUUAUUAUUUAAUAAUUAAAUUACCAAAUGAUAGUUGAAAUUAAUUUAAACCUCAUCAAAUUGAACAAGGUUAAAAGAUUUACCAAGUUAAUAUAAUAACGAUUAAUUGUUACAAUCAUCAAAUUAAAACAAUUUGAAUAAAAAGAAAUUAAAUUUAAUUCCAA